UAACUCGAGGUCCAGGCUGUCAUGGCGGCAGGAGGGCGACCUUGCGGUUUCUCAGCAGUGCACCCCAACAGGUGGCAGCAACUUCAGAAUGUGGCAGCUUGCAAGCCUUUUAUUGCUCGUGACCAUGUGGGGAAUUUCCAGCACACCAGCUCCUCCUGACUCAGUGUUCUCCAGCAGCCAGCGUGCCCACCAGGUGCUGCGGAUCCGCAAACGCGCCAACUCCUUCCUGGAGGAGCUGCGGCCCAGCAGCAUGGAGCGUGAGUGCAAAGAGGAGACCUGUGACUUCGAGGAGGCUCGGGAGAUUUUCCAAAACGUGGAAGACACAAUGGCCUUCUGGUCCAAGUACUACGACGGGGACCAGUGCAAGGCCCCGCCCCCGGCGCACCCGUGCGACAGCGCGUGCUGCGGGAACGGCAAGUGCAUCGACGGCCUGGGCGGCUUCCGCUGCGACUGCAACCAGGGCUGGGAGGGCCGCUUCUGCCUGCACGGUGAGGGGGCGGCGGGCGGCGGGACUGGGAGCUCCCCUGGGCCGGAGGCCGGGGUGCGCGGGGCCGGGGCCAGGCUCGCAGAGCCACCGCGCCCUCUCGGCAUCCUCCUCCCUGUCCCCGCAGAGGUGCCCUUCUCCAACUGCUCCGCGGAGAACGGCGGCUGCGCGCACUACUGCCUGGAGGAGGAGGGCAGGCGCCACUGCAGCUGUGCGCCCGGCUACCGCCUGGGGGACGACCACCAGCUCUGCGAGCCCAAGGUGACGUUCCCUUGUGGGAGGCCAGGGAAGCGGAUGGAGAAGAAACGCAAGAACUUGAAACGUGACACAGACCAAGUAGACCAAGAAGGCCAAUUAGAUCCACGGCUUGUCAAUGGGCAGGAGGCCAGAUGGGGAGACAGCCCCUGGCAGGUGAUCCUGCUGGACUCGAAAAAGAAGCUGGCUUGCGGGGCAGUGCUCAUCCACAUCUCCUGGGUGCUGACAGCAGCCCACUGCUUGGACCAACGCAAGAAGCUCACCGUCAGGCUCGGGGAGUAUGACCUGCGGCGCCGGGAGAAGUGGGAGGUGGACCUGGACAUCAAAGAGGUCCUCAUCCACCCCAACUACACCAAGAGCACCAGUGACAAUGACAUUGCCCUGCUCCGCCUGGCCCAGCCGGUCACUCUCUCGCAGACCAUCGUGCCCAUCUGCCUCCCAGACAGCGGCCUUUCGGAGCGCGAGCUCACUCAGGCUGGCCAGGAGACAGUGGUGACGGGCUGGGGCUACCGCAGCGAGGCCAAGAGAAACCGCACCUCCAUCCUCAACUUCAUCAAGGUCCCCCUGGUCUCGCACAACACGUGUGUUCUGGCCAUGCAAAACAAGAUCUCCGAGAACAUGCUGUGUGCCGGUGUCCUGGGGGACCCACGGGAUGCCUGCGAGGGCGACAGCGGGGGGCCUAUGGUCGUCUCCUUCCGGGGUACCUGGUUCCUGGUGGGCCUGGUGAGCUGGGGCGAGGGUUGUGGGCGCCUCCAGAACUACGGCGUUUACACCAAAGUCAGCCGUUACCUCGACUGGAUCCACAGCCACAUCAAAGUGGAAGAGGCCCUCCUCGAGAGCCAGAUGCCUUAGCAGCCCCCAGCUUGUGUCUGGACCCCAGAGGACACCCUUGGACGGGGGCUGGCUUGUUGAAUGGCACGAUGUUGGACAUUAAAAAGGGCAUGCAGCA